UCUAAAACUCUUGACGUUUUUUCUGUAUACGUUUUCUAAUGUAAAUUUUAAACUUUUGAGUAUUAUACUAAAUAUUUUGAUUUUAUUAAAUACAUCAAUAUACAAUCAAUAUAUAGGGUUAAAGUGUACAUAUCAAUCAUUUAAUAUGCCAAAGAAGAAGACUGGACAGAGAAAAAAAGCAGAGAAGAUGAGACUUCGACAAAAAGGAAUUAGGUCUGCUAAAGACAAUCUGUCUUUGGCUAAACAUCCUUGCAAUGCUUCGAUGGAGUGUGAUAAAUGCAAGAAAAAACAAAAAAACAGAGCAUUUUGUUAUUUUUGUCAGAAUUUACAACGUUUACCUCAGUGUGCUAGUUGUGGUAAAAUUAAAUGCCUCAUGAAGUCUGGAGAUUGUGUGGUAAAACACCCAGGUGUUUAUACAACAGGAAUGGGAUUAGUUGGUGCUAUAUGUGAUUUUUGUGAAGCAUGGGUGUGUCAUGGCCGAAAAUGUUUGACAACUCAUGCUUGUGUUUGUCCCUUACAAGAUGCAAAUUGUGCUGAGUGUGAACGUGGAACAUGGGAUCACGGUGGUCGUAUAUUUAUGUGCUCAUAUUGUUCGGCUUAUCUUUGUGAAGAUGAUCAAUUUGAGCAUCAAGCUUCAUGCCAAGUUUUGGAAUCUGAAAAUUAUAAAUGUCAGUCAUGCAAUAAGUUAGGACAGUACAGUUGUUUGAAAUGUAAGGUUUGUUUUUGUGAUGAACAUAUUAGAUGUAAACGUUUUAAGUAUUCUGAAAAAGAUAGGAAUUAUCCAUGUCCAAAAUGUUCUUAUCCGACGGCUGAAGUCAGUGAUCUAUCAUUAUCAUCUCGUAAUCAUAAAUAUGGUCGUCAAACUUAUGAAGAAGGUGAUGAUGAUGAUGACUCAUAUGCUUAUGGUGGAUAUGGAGCUAGUAGCUCUGGAGCAAGUCAUGGAUAUACUUAUGAUGAAGCUGAAUAUAGUGAUGAUGAUGAAGAUGAUGACAAUGAUUACUCUUCAGACGAUGAUGAUGAUGAUGAUGAUGAUGAUGAAGAUGAUGAUGAAGAUAAUAAUAAAAACCAAGCAAAAGCAAAAAAAUAA